UAUUCUCAUAGACGAGCUGUGCAGUCAGUGUAACACUUCUCCCUUCGUUAAAAACGCACGCCCUCUUGUCUCCCUUGCCUUUCCCGUUUCUUUCUUCUCUCCUGCGUCCCCUUUCUUCUUCUUCUUCUUCUUUUCCUUUUCUUUCUUUCUUUCUCGCCUUCCUCUUUUCUUUCAGAGAGGCAGACCGAGAGAGAACAGAGAGAGAGCUAGAUAGAACCGAGAAUGCAGAGAGAGAGUCUGAGAUCGAGAGAGAGGAAGAAACUCUGACCGUGAGUGGUGCGAUUGGGAGCGGUGGUGGUUGGGUCAUCAUCUUCAUGCAGUAGGUAGCGGCUGGGUGGCAGAUUCCGGCCCUGUUCCGGCAAGCCGCGAUUGGGUACCUAUAACUUCUCGACGUCCAAACAGUGAUUAACAAGCAUUUGUAUAUUGGAGAACAGCAGAAAUUAGAAGGUUAAAAUAAGGAAAGAAAGGAGAAGAUCAAGAGGAGAGAACAGGAGGAAACCAAACAAGAAGAACAAUAACAAAAACACUAGACUUGAACUACAAAAAAACCUAGAACUUCCUUCGCUGAUUGACUUCAAAAGCCAAGAAAAUGAGUGUCGAACCUUUCAACAGGUUGGUGAAGCUUGCAGCGAGGGCGUUCUACGAUGACAUAACGACAAAAGGAGAUAAUCAACCCAAAACGGGUCGCAGUGACAACAGAGGCAUCGCCGUGGUGGUACUUGACGCACUCACCAGACGACAAUGGGUGAAAGAAGAAGAUUUGGCCAAGGCCUUGAAAUUGCACUCGAAGCAACUUCGUCGGACUCUGCGAUUCUUCGAGGAAGAAAAACUAGUUACUCGAGACCAUAGGAGAGAGACAGCGAAGGGUGCAAAGAUAUUUAGUGCUGCCGUAGCUGCCACAGUUGAUGGUCAACCGACAACAAAAGAAGGGGAGGAAAAGAUUAAGCUGCACACUCACUCUUACUGUUGUCUAGAUUAUGCCCAGAUAUAUGAUGUGGUUCGGUACAGAUUGCACCGCAUGAAGAAAAAACUGAAAGAUGAAUUGGACAACAAAAACACAGUUCAGGAGUAUAUAUGCCCCAACUGUGGGAAAAGGUACACUGCGUUGGAUGCAUUGCGGUUGGUAUCUAUGGAUGAUGAAUAUUUUCACUGUGAAAGUUGUAAUGGGGAACUGGUGGCUGAGAGCGACAAGUUAGCUUCUCAAGAAGGAGGAGAUGGAGAUGACAAUGCAAGGAGGCGAAGGCGUGAAAAGUUAAAGGACAUGCUUCAAAAGAUGGAGGUACAACUUAAGCCUUUAAUAGAUCAACUCAGUAGAGUAAAAGACUUGCCUGUUCCCGAAUUUGGUACUCUUCAAGCAUGGGAAGUUCGAGCAAGUGCUGCUGGUCGUGCAGCAAAUGGUGAUUCCAGUAACGAUCCUUCCAGAUCUUCUCAUGGGCUGGGGUAUGGUGGAACAACGUUGCCUUUUGUUGGAGACACCAAGGUUGAAGUUGACUUUUCUGGGGCUGAAGGCAAGGGAGAGAAUAUUAAAUCUGAAAAUGAGAGUUCAUCUCUGAAAGUUUUGCCACCAUGGAUGAUCAAGGAAGGAAUGAACCUUACGAAGGAACAACGGGGAGAGGUCAAGCAGGAGUCGAGGAUGGAUGACAGUUCACCAGCUGUAGAAUUUUCAGAUGACAAAAAGUCAACAGUUGAGAAUGACGAUAAGAAGAAUAUACAGGAUGAGUAUGUCAAAGCUUAUUAUGCUGCUUUAAUCAAGAAACAACAAGAACUAGAUGAAGCUGCCAAGAAGCAAGAUGAAUUAUCAAACACGCAUGCCUUAAAUGGCAUCUCUGGAAUGACUUCUAAUCGCCAAGUUGGAAUGAAGUCGAAACGUGAUGAGGACGAUGGAGAUGAUGAUGUGGAAUGGGAAGAGGCUCCAGUUGCAGGCAAUGCAAAUGAAAAUUACAAAGUUGACUUGAAUGUCCAAGUUGAUGCUUCAGGAGAAGAUGAGGAUGAUAUAGACUGGGAGGAAGGUUGAAGAGCAUAGCUUUUCUUCCCUAAUAGAUUAGAUGGAUUGUCAUUACCUCAUUUCACGUGUACUCAUCCAGGAAUUGUAGGUGUGAUGAGCUCAAAAAUGUUUCUUUUAACCUACAUGUUUUCCAGUGUUGCCGUCUUUUACCCUGGAUUCUGAAAUACAAUGUUUUCUAGGUCUUGGUUUUUGGUUGCAAUGCCUGGAUUCAUGCUCUGAUUUAUUGAGACUCUGAUGAGCACCAAAAAAUGCACAGCAUUGUACCACUCGACACGACAGAUGAAUAAAAAUACUAACAUUUUUGUUUU